AUUCCCCGCAAGUAAACAGAAAACAUUAGGGAAAACGUUCAUGUCAGCCGCCAAACGAGUGUUUGAUGCGGGGAAUUUGCUGUGAGAUAUUAAAACGGACGUUAAUGUUUCCCGUGUGUUUUUAGCUAACUUGGGGGAUUUGGGGCCAGCUGACUCGCGCUGGAGCGAUGAAGGGAGAGGCGGAAGUGAAGUCACUUGAUAGACCGUCCAUGUUGUUAUUGUUAUUUUGGUAGCCCUGUGAUGAGACGGGCUGGGGAGCCGUUGGUCUCCGAGACAACUGUUAACGUUACUGCAGGCCGCCCUGGACCGACACCUACCCUCACCACUACCACCUCCUCACUGACCCAGAGACAGGAGCCUCGCUGACGGCUGGGGUGGGGGGGAGGGGGGAGGGGGUGAGGACCCAGCUCCAACUCCAGCUCGGCUCCUACACUCCAGCCGACCAAAAAUAAAACGGCGACAAAAACAAUAACGGCGUUCGUCAAACGGCUCGACUGGUGUCUGUGCGGUUUGUAGCAGGGGCGUGCCGCAGCAGACAUGAACGGUAUCACCAAGGGCCGGUUCGAGGUGUUCUCAAACAGCGAUGAAGCCCCCAUUAACAAAAAGCUCCCCAAAGAGCUUCUUCUCAGAAUAUUUUCCUAUCUAGAUGUGGUUACACUCUGUAGGUGUGGUCAAGUAUCCAAGGCGUGGAAUGUCCUGGCCCUAGAUGGAAGUAACUGGCAGAAGAUUGACUUGUUCAACUUCCAGACAGACAUAGAGGGGCGGGUGGUGGAGAACAUUUCGAAGCGUUGUGGAGGCUUCCUGAGGCAGCUGAGCCUCAGGGGCUGCCUGAGCGUGGGAGAUGCCUCCAUGAAGACAUUUGCUCAGAACUGCAGAAACAUCGAAGUGUUGAACCUAAACGGCUGCACCAAGAUCACAGACAGCACCUGUCUCAGCCUCAGCAAGUUUUGCUACAAACUCAAACAGCUAGAUCUCACCUCCUGUGUGUCCAUCAGCAACCACUCUCUCAAGGCCCUCAGCGAUGGCUGCAGAAUGCUGGAGAUGUUGAACCUGUCAUGGUGUGACCAGAUCACACGUGAUGGCAUUGAGGCUCUGGCUAGAGGCUGCAAUGGUUUACGAGCACUGUUCCUCAGAGGCUGCACACAGCUGGAAGAUGGAGCAUUGAAACACCUUCAGAAACACUGCCCAGAACUCACCACCAUCAAUAUGCAGUCUUGUACACAGAUAACAGAUGAAGGCCUGGUCAGUCUGUGCCGAGGCUGCCACAAGCUACAGAUCCUUUGUGUGUCUGGCUGCAGUAACAUCACUGACGCCUCCCUCACUGCAAUGGGACUCAACUGUCCCCGACUCAAGAUCCUUGAAGCUGCACGAUGCUCCCAUGUUACGGAUGCUGGGUUCACUGUACUGGCCAGAAAUUGUCAUGAGCUUGAAAAAAUGGACUUAGAAGAAUGUAUUUUGGUGACAGAUAACACUCUGGUUCAGCUGUCUAUCCACUGCCCUCGCCUGCAAGCACUGUCCCUGUCCCACUGCGAGCUGAUCACAGAUGAUGGCAUUAGAGCUCUGAGCAGCAGUACCUGUGGCCAAGAGCGCCUCACCGUGGUGGAGCUGGACAACUGCCCCCUCAUCACUGAUGUGACCCUGGAGCACCUAAAGAGCUGCCAUCGUCUGGAGCGCAUUGAGCUCUACGACUGUCAGCAGGUCACCAGGGCUGGCAUCAAACGCAUCCGGGCCCACCUUCCAGAGAUCAAGGUCCACGCCUACUUUGCCCCAGUGACACCUCCUCCCUCUGUACAUGGAGGUGGCCAGCGUCUGUGCCGCUGCUGCAUUAUCCUCUGACAGUGGAGGGCCAGGGGGGGCCACCUCUGUCUGCAGGUCCUACUGAUCUGAUAUGGGCUGAAAUGGGAUUGGGGGGGGGGGCUGGGAUAGGGGAGAGGAGGGGCUGGACCCACUCACUGCUCCUGAUCACAGAUCAAAACAUAGACUGAUCGCCCCUGAUCAGUUGAACCCGACCCUCCUCUCUCCUUUUGCUCACCAGUCAGGAUUGCAACAGUCUUGGGUUUGGGCGUGGAGGGUUGGGUGGAAAGAACAUGGAUGGAUGGACUCGCACUUUUUCUCUCUCUAUCUCAUUCUCUCUUUCUCACUGUAAAGGCAAAAACAGGUUCUCCACUCCAUCCUGCACUUCACAUCCCUGACUCCCCCCCCCAAAAAGAGAUGAUAUUGUCAUCUUGGACAACAGUUUGCUCUCUGUGGAGUAUCAUAACCAAUCACACGACACCUCUAUGUGACCAUCCUGUGAUUCAUUCUGCUUUGACCAAUAAACAUGCAGCAUGGAGCGAGAGGAGAGCUGGGUUGUAGAUAAUGCAGAUCUUCUGGAUAUAAACAGUGAAGCUUUGGCACGGCCAGCUCAAAUCUCUAGUGUGGAAGAGCUGAGAAGAAACAGGAAGUACAGAAUGGGACAUGUGACAUAUGACAUAUUUGUGCAUCUGAGAAACUUUUGUUGAGAUUUAGAUUCUGUAUGUACAGAGAAUGUUUUGCAAUGGAAAAAAAGAAAUCACACUUAUGGCAACUCACUCAAAAUUGGGGUAGGCCAACAAAAAAAACAUUUUUUUUCAGUGCUUAUUGUAAUUGUCCAUGCCUGUCUAUGCAGAGAGGGAUAUGUGUUUGCCAUUCUUUUUGAAAUAGAAAAGAAGCAUCUGUUGCUGUUUAACAAAAAAAGGACCUAUGAUUCAUACCCUCAGCGUCUAAAAGCGUAAUGUUGACUCUGUAUGUUGCUCUGAUGAGUGGCCUCUCCUGUGUACUGUGUGGUUAUGUUGGCUUUUAGGCCCUGAUCCAAUCCUGUCAGUAACCCUGUGCACUAGCUCCUAUACUUGACCACUUAAGCAUUUGUUUACAUCCUGGAUUAGGUCAGCACCACAGACAAACUUGUUUACAUCAGUAGGUUUCCAGUCUCCCUACUAUUCAGAGUGAGGUCAGAAACACUGAUACAACUGUGGUAUACCCACUGUUUUUAACUGGACUGUGAAGGCCAUUAUUCAGAUGUAUUGCUGUGUGUAUUUGGAUAUUAAUCAGGGCUAACGUUGGUGCAACUUUGCUUCAAAAUUAUAUUAAAAUUUGCUUAAAGCUGAGAUAAUAGUUAUUAUGAAACCAUACCCUCCAAUCCAGGUCAACAACGGCACCUCAACUUUUUGACAAUCACAUGAGUUAUGUAUUUGAAAGUUAACUUAUUCUAGUUUUGUGUAGUUGGCAAUGUACUGAUGAUGUAGGAUAUAAUUAAUUGUCUAUAUUCAAUAUACUCCCCUAAUGCCCCAAGCAGCACAUUAGAGAGGAUUAAGAAAUAGCAUUUGACACAGGUCUAAUGUAUUAAAUUGAUCAGCACCAAAUUUCCACUCAUCCAGUUCUACAAAACCUGUGUGACAACAGGGAUGUCAUAUGCAGUGACUGGAAAGCCCCAAAACCAAAAGGUUUUUUUCACUCUAUACAGACACUCCUUCCAAUCAACAGGCUCUCAACAUUAUAUGGCUUGUCAUGCAGAGUAACGCAUAUAUGGGGCAUGAAAUACCACUUCUUAAAGCACUGAAAAUACAACAAAACAGAAGCAGCUCGCAAUUUUGUGCUAAAGAAGAGACUGGCAAGUGCUGUGUAGUGCUAAGUGCUCAAAGACUGGGGAGAUUGGCAGGAUAGUGGAUAGGACUGAAACAGGGAGAGCAGACAGAAAGACGAAAGAUUCAGAUGGAUACAUAGCUGACUUGACUGGCUGUGAUACUAAUGCCCUCUCUUCGACAUCUGUUUUAACAGUUUUAUGUUUAAGAAAAUAAAUAAAUAAAUAAAU